ACAACCCAGGAAACAGACAGCAUUCCUCUCUUUGCACACAUACACUGACACAAUCGCAUGAUUCUUUUCACCGAGAGAAGCAAAACAGCUGCGACUAAGAAGGGCCAGUCUUUAUAUUCCUGGGAAUCCUGGAAAUACUACAGAUUCAACAAGUUACUGACUGAAUACUGUGUGGAUCUUUAAAAAACACAGGAUUGACGGGUUGGUACUGUCUGCUUGUUGUUAGUUUUGUUUCACUCAGAGGAAAAUGGCUUCUUGUUCAGAGGAGGAUCUGUGCUGUCCUGUCUGCUACGAAAUCUUCAAACGUCCUGUGAUCCUGUCAUGUAGCCACAGCUUCUGUGAAGCCUGUCUGCAGAGGUGGUGGAGAGAGAAGCAGGCCCAGGAGUGUCCAGUCUGUAAGAAAAGAUCUUUAAGGUCAGAUCCACCUUGUAACUUGGCAUUAAAGAACCUGUGUGAGGCCUUCUUACUGCAGAAAGAUCAGAGAGCUUCAUCGGACUCUGAGGAUCUCUGCAGUCUGCACUCUGAGAAACUCAGACUGUUCUGUCUGGAUCAUCAGCAGCCAGCGUGUGUCGUCUGCAGAGACUCUAAAAAACACACCAACCACACGUUCAGACCCAUCGAUGAAGCUGCAAAAGAUCUCAGGGACAAACUGCAGGAAUCACUGAAUCGCUCGAAGAAGAAACUGGAGCACUUUAAUGAUUUCAAACAAAAGGGUGAAGACACAGGAAAACACAUCAAGGCCCAGGCUGCAGACACAGAGAGGCAGAUAAAGGAGCAGUUCAAAAAGCUUCACCAGUUUCUAGAAGAGGAAGAGGAGGCCAGAGUCUCUGCACUGAGGGAGGAAGAGCAGCAGAAGAGUCGGAGGAUGAAGGAGGAGGUGGAGGCUCUGAGCAGAGAGAUAGCAGCUCUUUCAGACACAGUCAGAGCCACAGAGGUUGAGCUGAGAGCUGCAGACGUCUCAUUCCUGAAAAACUACAAGGCUGCAGUGGAAAGAGUCCAUCAGCGCCGCCUGGUGGAGGAUAAAAAACUGCCGUCAGGAGCUCUGAUAGAUGUGGCCAAACACCUAGGCAACCUGAGCUUCAACAUCUGGAACAAGAUGAAGGACAUGGUCUCCUACAGUCCUGUGAUCCUGGACCCAAACACUGCUGGUUCAGGACUCAUCCUGUCUGAAGAUCUGACCUGCGUGAGACGAGGAGAGGAGGAGCAGCCGCUUCCUGAUAAUCCAGAGAGGAUUGGUGAGUGCUGCUCUGUCCUGAGCUUCGAGGGCUUUAACUCAGGGACUCACAGCUGGGACGUCCAGGUUGGACAGAACACAAUCUGGGACGUGGCUGUGUGUGAGGAGUCUGCAGACAGGAAGGUAGACAUAGACUCUGGAUUAUGGAGAAUUCAUUGUUAUAAUAACACAUAUGCAGCACUUAACCGUUCAGGUAACCCCGUUGUUCUGUCAGUGGUAGGGCGACCUCAGAGGAUCAGAGUGAAUCUGGACUGUAACAGAGGAAAGCUGUCAUUCUUUGAUCCUGACACUAACACACACAUACACACCUUCACACACACUUUCACUGAAAAGCUGUUUCCAUACAUUUGGUGUGGAGAGUCACCUGCUCUGAAGAUAUUACCACUGAAGGUCUCUGUAACAGUGAAGCAGUAAACAGGGGCAGAUCAAGGCAAUAAUCGACAUAGGAGGUCACCUAGGGCGACACAUUCUGGAGGGGGGCUGCUCCUGUACAUACAGUUAA